AUGGUGGUCAAAGUAUAUGGGUAUGUACAAGCAUCUUGUCCACAAAGAGUACUGCUCUGUUUUUUGGAAAAAGAAAUCGACUUUCAAUUUAUUCAUGUCGAUCUCGAUACAUUGGAGCAUAAAAAACAAGAACAUCUUCUUCGUCAGCCGUUUGGUCAAGUUCCAGCAAUUGAAGAUGGAGAUCUGAAGCUCUAUGAAUCGCGAGCCAUAGUGAGAUACUACGCGACCAAGUAUGCGGACCAAGGAACGGACCUAUUGGGCAAGACCUUGGAGCAACGAGCCAUCGUGGACCAGUGGAUGGAAACCGAGGUUAACUAUUUCAACGCAGUGGGUCAACCCAUAGUUAUUAACCUUGUGGUUAAUCCAAGGUUAGGUGUGCCAUGCGACUUCGCUUUGGUCGAGGAGUUAAAGGUCAAGAUGGAGAAGAUCUUUGAUGUUUAUGAGAAACGGUUAGCUACGAACCGGUACUUGGCCGGUGAUGAAUUCACAUUGGCUGAUUUGACUCAUAUGCCCGGUUUGAGGUAUACCAUGAAUGAAACCGGUUCGAGCAGUAUGGUUACGUCUCGACCGAAUCUUAACCGGUGGUGGAAUGAGAUUUCUGCUAGACCGUCUUGGAAGAAGCUCAUGGAAAUGGCUGCUUAUUGA